UUAAUACACACACACACACACACACAUGGUUUCAGCAAGGAAUCCUCCGAGGUACGUGUGUGUUAUUGGUGCUGGCCCAUCUGGGUUGGUAGCCGCCAGAGAGCUUAAGAAAGAGGGUCACAAUGUGGUGGUGUUGGAACAGAAUCAUGAUGUUGGAGGCCAAUGGCUCUAUGACCCGAAAGUUGAAGGUGAACAUCCUUUAGGAAAAGGUGCUACUAGCUCGGGAUUAAACGUUCAUAGUAGUAUCUAUGAGUCUUUAAGGCUGACAUCGCCUAGAGAGAUAAUGGGGUUCACUGAUUUCCCUUUCUUGAUUAAGAAAGGCAGAGAUACAAGGAGAUUUCCGGGUCAUAAAGAGCUUCUAUUGUACCUAAAAGAUUUUUGUGAGUGGUUUUGUCUAAGAGAAAUGAUUAGGUUCAAUACCAAAGUAGUUUAUGUUGGGAUGUUGGAUUAUGAUGGAAUUGGAAAAGAUUUUAAAUGGAUUGUUAAGAGCAAAGUUAAAGAUUCUGAUAAGGUGAUCUCAGAGAUGUUUGAUGCCGUGGUUGUAGCUACCGGACAUUAUUCUCAUCCUAGAUUGCCUUCUAUCAAAGGAAUGGAUGCAUGGAAAAGAAAGCAAAUGCAUAGCCACCUUUACAGAGUCCCCGAGCCAUUUCGCAACCAGGUGGUAGUGGUGGUGGGGAAUUCACUGAGUGGGCAAGAUAUAUCUAUGGAACUUGUGAAUGUAGCAAAGGAGAUCCAUCUUAGUGCCAAAUCACUUAAUGUUUCAGAAGGUCUAUCAAAAGUGAUCUCCAAACAUGAUAAUCUACAUCUUCAUCCGAGUAUAGAAUGUCUACACGAAGAUGGACGAGUUGUAUUUGUUGACGGAUCAUGGCUCAGUGCAAACACAAUCAUAUAUUGCACAGGGUAUUCAUAUUCAUUCCCAUUUCUUGACACUAAAGGAGCAGUAGCUGUUGAUGAUGACAGAGUGGGACCAUUAUUUGAACAUACUUUUCCUCCAAACCUUGCCCCAUCUCUCUCCUUUAUAGGUAUUCCUAGAAAGAUUAUAGGGUUCCCUUUCUUUGAAUCACAAGCAAAAUGGAUAGCCCAGUUGCUGUCUGGCAAGAGAAGUUUGCCAUCAAAAGAAGAUAUGCUGAAAUCUAUCCAAGAGUUUUAUCAGUCUAGGGAAGCUGCUGGCAUUCCUAAGCACUAUACUCAUGAUAUAGCCGAAUUCGAGUAUUGUGAUAAGUAUGGAGAUUAUGUUGGAUUCCCUCACCUAGAAGACUGGAGGAAAGAUCUUUGUAUUUCGGCUCUGGUCAAUUCCGAUGUGAACUUGGAGACUUACCGAGAUUCCUAUGAUGAUGAAGAACUGCUUCGAGUGGCUCAUCAAAGCCCUCAUUUUACUCAACUUGAAGCCAAAGAUUGUUCUUCCCUGUGAACUUUUGGCUUGGUAUUAUUAUAAAACCAUAUAAUGUUAUAAUAUGAUUAGCAUCCCAGCAGGGCUUUUGUUGCUUUUGAAAGCAAAGAUCAACAUAAUGCUUGUGCUUUCAAAAGCAAGAUAGUACUACAAAAACAAUUGAGUCUUAAAUAUUCAUGCUUUUUUUAGAAGACAACAAUGGCAGAGUUGGAACUCUAAAGUGUAUGAUGUUGGGUUUUCAAUGAUGUUGGUCUCAUUUAGAUACUUAUAAUAUUGUCAGGUUUGUAUCUUGACUAUCUUUGUCUAAA